AUGGCUAUUAGUUGUGGUUGCAAGGGCAGCUAUAAUUCCUCUAAGCAUGCUACUCUCUUCCUAGUCAUCUUAUUAUUUAGCGGUAGAGCAUGCUGUGAUGAUCAUCCAGAUGCAUCUAAGAGGAUCAGUUGCUUGGAGAGUGAAAGGAGUGCUCUACUUGCCAUCAAGUCUGAUUUGUAUAACUCUGAUCAUUGGCUUUCUUCUUGGAGCGGUUAUGAUUGUUACAACUGGAGUGGAGUCGCCUGUGACAACACCACUAGCCAUGUCAUUAUGCUUGAUGUCCACUACCCAUUUGAUCCAUAUGUUUCAUAUCCUGACAAAAACUCAUUUGAUCAUGCUAUUCCUGCAAGUAUAGGAAAUCUUACUUCCCUCCAAGUUUUGGAUCUUUCGUUCAACAAUCUUAUUGGCAGUAUACCUUCCUCUAUGUCAAAUUUCAAUUCUAUGGUUGUGAAGCAAAACUAUACUGAUCAUCUAUUGUAUGCUUCUGUUUGUGACAUUAAGUUCUAUCGGUGUCCGGUUUGCCAUAUGGGAAAUAGCUUCAAGGAUAACAUUAUAAUAACUGCAAAAGGGUUAACCAAUGAAUACACUAAUGCUCUUAGUGCAGUGGCAAGCAUAGACUUAUCAAACAAUAAUAUUUCUGGUGAGAUUCCAAAAGAGAUCACGAAGCUGCAUGGAUUGGACUUCCUUAACUUAUCCAACAACCAUUUGAUAGGAAGGAUUCCAGAAAAUCUUGGUGCCAUGAAGGAAUUGGAGUCUCUUGAUUUGUCAAUGAACUAUCUCAUGGGAGAAAUUCUUGUCGAACUAUCUGCUUUAAGCUUUCUAGAAUUCUUGAAUCUCUCCCACAACAAUUUGUCAGGAAGAAUCCCAACGGGCGAUCAAUUGUCAACCUUCAAUGACUCGAUCUAUGUUGGCAAUGAGGGCCUUUGUGGUGUGCCACUUCCAGAGUGUCCUGGUGAUGAAGCUAAUCAUUCACCAUAUCAAGUAGAAGAUGAUGACAAGCUUGAAAGAGUUCUAGAUUAUGCUAUCAUUGUUAUGGGAUUUAUAGUUGGAUUCUGGACAUAUUUGGGCGUAAUAUUCAUUAAAAAGACUACCAGGAUUACUCUCUUUCAGAUGGUGGACAAUAUGUAUGACUGGAUGUAUAUGCAUCUCUCACUGAAGUUUACAAAGCUGAAGUUGAAAUGGCAAGAAAAGAGUUUAAGCACUUGA